UUCAGUAUCUUUUUUAUUAUGAAGGGAUUACCAGCAUUAGUGCUUACAUACGUGUUAAAUAUACUUGCAGUUGCAUCAACAGAUGAUGCCCCGGGUAUCUACUGCAACCUUGUACCUCAAACCUGGCAUGAAGCAGUGGAAGAUUGUAAAGACAAACGUGGGGAUCUGGUUUCCUUUCAGACAGGUAUUGGCAAAAAAAUUGACGAGCUUCCUCUGAAAGGAGACAUAGAUGUCUGGACAGCUGAUUAUGCAUGGAAACCGGAAAAUGGAUUUAGUAGUGCACCAUAUGAGAAGUUGUGUGGAAUUGACUACUUAAACAGCACAUUGUUGUUCCCCACUGAGGAGUUAUAUGGAUAUUGCGACGAAAUCAGAAAUUACCUUUGCAAAGAUACAACUAGUACAUGUAAGACUUAUUUGUGA